GUGAUUCUCAUUUCCCAUGGAAUGUUUGCAUCUUCUGCGUUGAUCAUUAUUAUAUAAUUUGAUAUAUACUGCAAUUAAUAAAAGUUACUCCCCUCAUCAGACAAUGAAUACGUACACAUGUACAUUAUAUAUAUAUAUUUAUAGAGAGAGAGAGAGAGGAGUGGUCCAAUCUGAGUCUAUGGCUGACCGACUUUAGAAGAAGCAGCAGGCAGCAGUAGCAGCCGUGUAAGAUAAGGAGAGAGAAAGAGAGAAGAAAAUAUUCUCCGGUAGAGCUGCGUUUCAUGGCAUAUGGUAUUUUCUGCUAACAUUCAAACAAGCAUGCAACACUAGUAAUUCCAAAUCUCUGCUUCUCCUACUUCUACUCCUACUCCUUCUUCUUCUAUCCUCAUCAAAACAAUUCAUUUCAUAACCAAAUUUCAGCGAGUCCCUUGUUUUUUUUUACAACUCAACUGCUGCCAUCACAUAUACAUAUAUAUACACACAUCUCUUCUCUCUCUGGAGUCGAAGACUCGAAGCAGUAUAUACAGCGCACCUUAAGAUGAUGUCUGAAGAUGGGAUUCAUCCUUCCAUGAGAAGCUUCAUCCAGGAUCCGAAUCCCAAUCCCAACCCUAAUAUGAACCCAAACCCUAAUCCGAAUUCAUCGAAGCGCAAGAGAAAUCUCCCAGGAACACCAGAUCCAGAUGCGGAAGUGGUAGCGCUGUCUCCGAAAUCUCUAAUGGCGACCAACAGAUUCCUGUGCGAAAUCUGCAACAAGGGUUUCCAGCGAGACCAGAAUCUGCAGCUCCACCGCAGGGGACACAAUCUGCCAUGGAAGCUGAAGCAGCGCAGCAACAAGGAGGUGAAGAAGAAGGUGUACAUCUGCCCGGAGAAGAGCUGCGUCCACCACGAGGCGUCGCGGGCGCUGGGCGACCUCACCGGAAUCAAGAAGCACUACAGCCGGAAACACGGAGAGAAGAAAUGGAAGUGCGAGAAAUGCUCCAAGAAAUACGCAGUUCAAUCCGAUUGGAAAGCCCACAGCAAGAUUUGUGGGACUAGAGAGUAUAAAUGCGACUGCGGCACUCUCUUCUCAAGAAAGGAUAGCUUCAUCACGCAUAGAGCCUUUUGCGACGCACUAGCGGAAGAGAGCGCGAGAUUCAGCAGCCCCGUCGCGUCUGCGAAUCUGAAUUUCAGGAAUGAAUUGAUCAACACUCUGCAAACUUCGGGAAAUCCCCAAUUUCCGAUGUUAGGCAAUCUGGAUAAUAUGCAAAAACCUAGGCUUCCUCUGUGGCUGGACUCCGCCAAUCCUCAUCUGCCAACCGCCAACUCUAACAAUUUCACUUUGCCGGAGCUGGUGCAGAAUCAGUGGUACGGCGGCAGAGAUCCUAACCAAGUAGGAGUAGGAUUCAUUAAUAAUAUGAAUGCGUCAUCUUCUGCGAUUCCCAGAGUACUAAAAGAGGAGGAAGAAAACAAAGGAAAUCUGUCGGAAGCCAUUACUUCACUUUAUUACACAAGUAACAACCAUAGUCAGCACGAAACAAAUCAUAUGUCCAUGUCAGCCACCGCAUUGCUGCAGAAAGCGGCUCAAAUGGGAUCGACCAGAGCCACCGAUUCCUCCUUCUCCGCCGCGGGAUUCGGCCUCAUCAGCUCCUCAUUCUCCGCCGGAAACUUCAAACCGGAGAACUUGAUGGCGGCGGAGGGCAGCCUAACUCGGGAUUUCCUGGGAGUGGGCGGCAAUGAUCAGAACCGGCAGUUCAUGCCGGAAAACGAGCUGGCCAAGUUCGCGACGGGCAUGGACAUGAGCCAUAACCAUUACAGCAGGAAUGAGUGAGAAGAGAUAGAAGAAGAUUUACAGCUGCGCGCAGGUAGAAACAGAAGAGAUCUUGUGAAGUGUCAGAGGUGGGGUGUUGGAUGAGACGUGACAUAAGAUGACAUGGCAAUCACAAGGCACACAUUCUUGAUUCUACUGCACCUACAAAAACUCCUUUUUUUUCCUUUCUAGGGUUUCAGAUUCUAUGUGUAUAUUUAUAUGGACCACAAAAUUACUGUGUGCCCUGUGAUUCAUUGGGUCCAGUGAUCUAUAUUUUAUGCAUGUCUUCAGUUUCGGAUGA